ACCAACACUCCCCCCUCCUCGCAUCCCAAAAAAAGUUGGGAAAUUUCGCUCAAGUUCCUGACUCUGCCGAACUCAAGUUUCCAUGUUGAGGGGACGAAGGGGGUUUUCGUUCUGAAGUUCUGGCAGAAGGGACUGUGUAGCAUGCCCUUAGGCAUCAUGCAGGCCAGUCCCCGCAGCCUGCCCGGGUCUCCCGCGGACAGCCCGGCUAGCAGCGAGGAAGAGGCAGACCGGCAGCAGAAGAGGUACGACAGCAAGAGGAGGUACUGCAAGAAGUCCAGCGAGGACGGGAGCCCCAACCCCGGCAAGCGGAACAAGAAGUCCAGCCCCAGCUCGCAGUCGUACGAGGAGCUGCAGAGUCAAAGGAUCCUGGCCAACGUCCGGGAGCGGCAGAGAACCCAGUCGCUGAACGAGGCGUUCUCGUCGCUCAGGAAAAUCAUCCCCACCCUCCCCUCCGACAAGCUGAGCAAAAUCCAGACCCUCAAGCUGGCCGCCAGGUACAUCGACUUCCUCUAUCAGGUUCUACAGAGCGACGAGAUGGACCAGAAAAUGACCAGCUGCAGCUAUGUGGCCCACGAGAGACUGAGUUACGCUUUCUCCGUGUGGAGAAUGGAGGGGGCCUGGUCCAUGUCCGCCACUCACUAGCCUCCAGAACGAAAUUGCAGUAAGAUUCAACAUCCUCCAGACAGCAUGUUCCACUCUGAGGUGCCCCGAGACAUUGGAGACACUCUUGAUAUUUACUGUACAUGAUCCGGAUGAAAUUGGAAAUAAGAUAUUAUCCUGACACGUGCAACUAACAUGUGCCUUUGCAACGAGAACGCGCGUUUUACUUUCGAUUGACUGUGUAGACCUAUCUAUCGGAGCGUGGGUCUAGCUAGUUUAUUGAUACGGAGCCCGCUCAGAUGUAACGAGGGUUAUCCGGCCCUCCUUAUGCGAACGACCUUAUCUCCCGGUCUCGUUCGCCAGCCAUUCUUCACCUCCAGAGUGACAGCGAGGAGUUAGAAUAUGAGCAAUGUGUUUUGUCUACUCUGCUUUACUUGCUUAGCGACUGGGACGCUGUGGUUAAAGUCACCUUUCCCGAUCUGUGUGUUGACAGGCAGUUAAAUGUCAGUGAAGAUUGGAAGUGAACGAUCAUUCCUAUUUCGCCUCACAAAGGCUCUGAACUCUCAAAACAAGUCUUCCAGAACGGACAGUGAAUUGAAAGAUUUCAGCAGCAAAGAAGGAUAAAUAAAGUGUCUCUUUUUUUAAAAAAAAAACCGCCAAAAAAGUCAAACAUCGCCCCGCAGUACGAGAAGAGUGUGCGAUUCAAUCGUGAUCAAGUGACAAUAUCCGCAUCCAGGACCUCGCUCGGACUGAGCGCGUUGGGGAUCUUCCCAUCCGCUUUAUGCUUUAGAGUAAAAAUUAGUCGAUUGCUGAGGUUAACCAUCCAGACAAAUUGGACCAAGACAGAUCAAGAGAAGCAAACAAAAAAAAAGAAUAAAAUAUCAGCACUUCUGGUCACUGCUUGUUCGUCCUCAGUAAACCUGGAAUAAGCAAAGCUUCACCUUGUUAACGUUUCUCUGUCGCGUGUAAAUCUUGCUAGUUUAUUUAUUAAAAAGUGUUAUCACCGAA